ACUAGUAAUAUUCAUGAAUGGAAAACUGAGGAGUUUCAUGAUGUUUGCAAAGGAAUUCAAGGCUGGAGAAAGUGUCAACAAACAUGGCGAGCGAGGAGGUUGUUCGUAUCGAUGAAGUUGAAAUGGGCGCAGCUGGCACUGCGGACGGGAUUUUAGCAAAGGAAAAACAAAAAUUUGAAUAUAUACAUGGUCAUGUUGAACAUCAAGAGCUACAUGUUCCUCCACUUGACGAGUUGUCCAAAGUGUUGAAAUCAGCUCUUAGUAAAAACUUCAAAGAAGUCCAUGUCAGCAUUGUUGAUUGUCCUGAUCUAACCCAGAAACCAUGGACCCUUGCUGCACCAGGUAUUUGUGGGAGCACUCGCUUGGCCCUGGUUGGAGGUGUUCCAUAUUUAGUCCCUGUUCCAAAUUUAUCCAAGGUAUAUAAUUUUGAUAUCAUUGCAAAGCAAAUUGGAAUGCCCAAUGGAGUUUUCAUUGGUCCUGGGGCAGGUAACAGCCAUGCCGUUGGAGUAAAUUGUGAGAUGGUAGCAAAUCUAAGACUCUCCCCAGAUAUCAUAAGAUCAAAAAUGAUCAAGGUUAAUCCACAGGAUGGUUCUGCUGUACAGCAAGAUUAUAAUGUGAAAGAAUUUGCUCUGAUGGCAGACAUGCUGGUUUCUGAAGGCAAACAAGGAAAGGUGCUGAAGGUUGUUGCAAAAUGCCGCAAAGGUGAAGACAACUUUAUAUCCUGCAUGCGUCAAUCAUUGGACCAUUACUAUGGCAACUUCAGAACUGUUGGUAUGGGUGGUGUCUUCUGCAUUGAGAGUGGCCAAGCAAAACUUCAUGUUAUGCCAGCAUUUAGCGAAGAGGGUUUGGACAGCACUGUGCAUGUUAAAGAAUGGCUAAAGUACUAUACAAUGAAUGCACCACUCGUCUGCCUCAGUGUGUUUGUCUCUAAUGACUCAGGUUUAGACAUACGACUUGAGCACACGCAUUGCUUUAGUCACCACGGUGAAGGCGGGCACUACCACGAAGAUACGACCCCAGAGGAAGUGACCUACGUAGGGUACUUUGUUCCUGCCGAGUACGUUUACCGUAUAGACCGCCCUCCUUCCACGCACACGAUAGGACGGGAAUAAACGUAAUGACCACACGAAACGUUCACAAAUGAAAAACAAUGCAUGUUUUGCGUCGGGAUGGCAUUGCAGUUAACGUUAUGACGUAGUUUGCAGACAAACGCCUCUGAUUGGCCAAUGCAAACUACGUCACAGCCCUGAGACUUUCUUUGAGAGGUCUCAAAUCUCUCAAUAGCAUAAACUGGAAGUACAAAGUCUUUAAAUACUUAUUCAUUUAAACUUUUAGAUCGGUCUAUCCUCAAAAAAGUACAAUCAACCUUUUUUCUGUUUUCUUUGGAAGCACAACUAAGCGGUGCAAUACUUGAACAUACAUCUUAUAUUUAACUACAAUUUUACCCGGAAGCAAAGCAGGCCAUUUUGAUGGGCAGUUUAGACAAAUAUUAGCUGGUCUAAAACUGAACGAACGUUUCAUGCGUAUAAACGAUUAUGAUGUGCCCCUCUCGCUGUUGUGAAUGAUGAAAAUUCAUUCAUAAUGGCGUCACAAGUGAUUCUUUAAUAAGUGUGUUAGUGUUUUGAUGAUAAUAUGACCCACGAUUAUGAUUUCUUAUCUCCCACAAUGACGAGACGUGGAUGAUUUUCAUUCUUACUUUAUGUAAUUUAAUUGGUAGAGAAUAAUACGAAGAAUAAACUAUAAAA